AUGUCUUUACAAAAUGAUCCAAUAUUAAGUGAAGUUAUGCUUAACACUUUGGAAGAAAGCAAAAAACUCGAAAAAUCAGGAAGGCUAAGGGAUGCACUGGUAAAAAUAGAAAAAAUUUCCUUUGAUGCUUUGAACGCAAAACUUCCAUUUUCAAAAAAUAAUCCUUUAGACUGCAAAUAUUAAUAUAAAAAAAUUAAUGAUUUUAAAUAAUUCUAUAGAAAAUAGAUAUCUUUAUUAGUAAAAAAAUACAUAUUUAUAUCAAAAGGUGUAUUAUACAACAGGUUGUACAGCUAUGCAAUAAAAUUUUCUCUCAAGAUUCAAAACUCAAAUGACUGCGAAGAGCUGAACAAAUUCUCACAGCUUUUUUCUCAAAGACACAAGAAUUUUUGGAUGAAAAAAUGUUUAGAUUAAUGAUGCUAACUUAUAACAAUUGGGCAACUUAUCAUCAAUCCUUAAAAAAGCCAAGCAAUGCAUUGAGCUAUUUAAUUCGUGCAGUAAAAUUUUACGAAGACCAUAAUGUCUCGUCGCCUGAGUCCUUGCAAAUCGCAGCUAAAACUAUGCUGAAUAUGAGUGCGAUUUAUUCAGAAAUACAUAAAUUUAAAAAAGCCAGAGCAAUAGCUGAAAAAUCUUUAUUUAUUUUACAAGAUGAGCUCAAGCAGCGCUUAGAAAAUAGAUCUCUCGAACAGCUCUCUGAAUUUGAAAAGAAAAAAGUGGAAAACCUGAUAAAAACUUAUAUCAUUGCAUUUUAUGAUAUUGGGGUGGCUGAGGAAUCUUUGGGAAAUCUGAAAUCUGCUGUAAAAGCUUAUCGAAAUGCAGUUUCUAUCGGAUAUAUUAAAAUGGUAUGGCAAAACAACCCGCACUCUUAACUCCCGUAGCUGGCAUCCAAAAUGUGUGUGCAGGGACCUUGAGGAAGGGAGAAUGAUGUUCGGAAAUGUGUAUCUGGCAUGGCUUUUCCUGGCUUGGUGAAACGCAAAUUUUGGAUUGCCGACCGAAAGGAAUCCAGGUUUUUGCCUCAGUGGGAAGUGGGUGCGAGAGUUGGAAAGGGGUUCCCAGCAGAGCCAGUGGUGUUAAUCCUGGCCAAAGGACAUCAUUCCCAGCGUGAAACCAGAGUUACGCCCUGGGCUUUGUUUCCAUUUCGACUGACAAUUGAUCAAAAAAUUCAACCAUUUUGAAUUUCCAUGGAGGGUAGCCCUGUUAAAGUGCAAUACUGCGUUGAGACUCACCCAACUACUGGGUAGCGAGUGCAUGCCCUCGUUCGGUAGGAAUAACCUUUGCGAAGUCGUGAAAUGUGAACUGGUGAGCAGGCGGGGGAAGCUUUAGGGUGGAAAUAGUCCUUGUAGAAUUAAAACGAGCUUCUCGAUAGGUCUUAAUAAUAUAAAAUAGCAACUUCUAUCGGAAAACAGUUUAUUGCAAAAAAUGAUGAAACUUUGGUCAUAGCACAAGAAGCUUUGGUAGAUGCAAGCUCAAAACUGUCUGAAAAAUCGCUUGAUAAAAAAAUAAAGCCAAUGACCAGCAAAGAAUUUACAAGAAUUUUAAAAAAUCACAAAAGGAAUAUUUCAAGCGAAACUGAAUACCAAAAAUCUUUAUCAGAGCUUAAGCUAAGCUUAGAUAAGCCUGCAGAUCAACCGCUUUCUCCUGCCUUAAGCGAAAUAGGCUUAUCUCCUAUUCAUAUGAAAGACGAACCUAAAAAACCAGAAAGAUAUUACUCUGACGAACAAUUGCGCCUCUACCAAAAAAAAUUAAACCAAAGAAGCAACAGAUUUAUAAGCGCUGACGAAUAUUUUUUUUCAAAACUUAGUAAAGCUUUUGAAGUGAAAACUGACAAAAUUCGCCCAUAUUCGGCAGCCGGGCUAAAAAGAUUUCAAAAUAGUGAAAAAAUUGAUAGAAAAAUUAUUUCUGAGCUGAGACUAAAAAAGAGGUCUAUUCUUGGGAAUCCAAGCUUUUCCAAUAGAGACUUUGACGCUGUUUUCCAGAGAAUUGAACAAAUGAAAAAAGAAGAUGUCGAAAGAUCAAAGAAAAAUGAAAUUACAAUGAAAUCCAAGCUGAAAACCAGGGUUUACAAAGAUGUUCUUCAGGUUUUAAAUUCAAAUCAAGCCUCGCAGCCUAAUAAAAUUUAUCCUCAGCAGCGACUCUAUUUUAAACCUCCAGUAAGACUGGAUUUCCAAAUGCAUCAUAGUGCAACAAUUGAAAUGACUGCUAAGAAGAUGAUUAGGCCAGCUGCCAGCAAUAAUAUUGACAACGCAAAUAAAGAAAUCGAAGAAAUUAUUGACAAUCUCCACAUUGAUAUGAAGAAUUCUGAUGAACAUCUGGAAACUGAAGCAGCAAAUAAGAAUAGUGAAACUAAAGAAGAGCCAGCUUGUGAGCUUGUUCAGUCAAUUCUCGAUAAAGCUAAAAAGGCACUUAAAACCAUACCAAUUGUAAAAAGGACGCCUAUGAAACGAGCAACAACCGCUGCAGUUUUUCAAACAUUUUCGUAUAUGCCAAAAUAA